CAGGUGGUCCCUCCCUCUCUCCAGGUGGUCCUAACCUCUCUCCAGGUGGUCCCUCCCUCUCUCCAGGUGGUCCCUCCCUCUCUCCAGGUGGUCCUAACCUCUCUCCAGGUGGUCCUAACCUCUCUCCAGGUGGUCCUAACCUCUCUCCAGGUGGUCCUAACCUCUCUCCAGGUGGUCCUAACCUCUCUCCAGGUGGUCCUAACCUUUGAUGUAUGUUCCCUCCCUCCCUCUCUCCAGGUGGUCCUAUGGGGUGCUGCUCUGGGAGAUCUUCACCCUGGGGGGGUCCCCGUACCCCGGCAUCCCUGUCGAGGAGCUGUUCAAACUGCUGAAUGAGGGCCACCGCAUGGACAAGCCUGCUAACUGCACACAUGAACUGUACGUCAUGUUUAUACACUAUCAUAUAGACAUGGAUCAUGAGGGAGUGUUGUAUUGUAACUGUUGUGUCUCUGUAGGUAUAUGAUCAUGAGGGAGUGUUGUAUUGUAACUGUUGUGUCUCUGUAGGUAUAUGAUCAUGAGGGAGUGUUGUAUUGUAACUGUUGUGUCUCUGUAGGUAUAUGAUCAUGAGGGAGUGUUGUAUUGUAACUGUUGUGUCUCUGUAGGUAUAUGAUCAUGAGGGAGUGUUGUAUUGUAACUGUUGUGUCUCUGUAGGUAUAUGAUCAUGAGGGAGUGUUGUAUUGUAACUGUUGUGCCUCUGUAGGUAUAUGAUCAUGAGGGAGUGUUGUAUUGUAACUGUUGUGUCUCUGUAGGUAUAUGAUCAUGAGGGAGUGUUGUAUUGUAACUGUUGUGUCUCUGUAGGUAUAUGAUCAUGAGGGAGUGUUGUAUUGUAACUGUUGUGUCUCUGUAGGUAUAUGAUCAUGAGGGAGUGUUGUAUUGUAACUGUUGUGUCUCUGUAGGUAUAUGAUCAUGAGGGAGUGUUGUAUUGUAACUGUUGUGUCUCUGUAGGUAUAUGAUCAUGAGGGAGUGCUGGCACGCUGUUCCAUCCCAGAGGCCUACCUUCAGGCAGCUGGUGGAAGACCAUGACAGGGUUCUAUCCAUGACCUCCACGGACGUAAGUCACAACUAUUACUGUAACUCUAACCCCAGAUUACUGUAACCCUAACCCCAGAUUACUGUAACCCUAACCCCAGAUUACUCUAACCCUAACCCCAGAUUACUGUAACUCUAACCCCAGAUUACUGUAACCCUAACCCCAGAUUACUGUAACCCUAACCCCAGAUUACUCUAACCCUAACCCCAGAUUACUCUAACCCUAACCCCAGAUUACUCUAACCCUAACCCCAGAUUACGCUAACCCUAACCCCAGAUUACUGUAACCCUAACCCCAGAUUACUGUAACCCUAACCCCAGAUUACUGUAACCCUAACAACCAGAUUACUGUAACUCUAACCCCAGAUUACUGUAACCCUAACCCCAGAUUACUGUAACCCUAACCCCAGAUUACUGUAACUCCAACCCCAGAUUACUGUAACCCUAACCCCAGAUUACUCUAACCCUAACCCCAGAUUACUGCAACCCUAACCCCAGAUUACUGUAACUCUAACCCCAGAUUACUGUAACCCUAACCCCAGAUUACUCUAACCCUAACCCCAGAUUACUGUAACCCUAACCCCAGAUUACUGUAACUCUAACCCCAGAUUACUGUAACCCUAACCCCAGAUUACUCUAACCCUAACCCCAGAUUACUGCAACUCUAACCCCAGAUUACUGUAACCCUAACCCCAGAUUACUCUAACCCUAACCCCAGAUUACUGUAACCCUAACCCCAGAUUACUGUAACUCUAACCCCAGAUUACUGUAACCCUAACCCCAGAUUACUGUAACCCUAACCCCAGAUUACUCUAACCCUAACCCCAGAUUACUCUAACCCUAACCCCAGAUUACUGUAACCCUAACCCCAGAUUACUGUAACCCUAACCCCAGAUUACUGUAACCCUAACCCCAGAUUACUGUAACCCUAACCCCAGAUUACUGUGAUUCUACCCCCAAGCCAUAAGACUCCUGAACAGCUAAUCAUUGCUACCCGGACUAUUUGCAGAUAACCCUCUUGAACCCCAGUGUCCAAAUAACCCUCUUGAACCCCAGUGUCCAAAUAACCCUCUUGAACCCCAGUGUCCAAAUAACCCUCUUGAACCCCAGUGUCCAAAUAACCCUCUUGAACCCCAGUGUCCAAAUAACCCUCUUUGACCCCAGUGUCCAAAUAACCCUCUUUGACCCCAGUGUCCAAAUAACCCUCUUUGACCCCAGUGUCCAAAUAACCCUCUUUGACCCCAGUGUCCAAAUAACCCUCUUUGACCCCAGUGUCCAAAUAACCCUCUUUGACCCCAGUGUCCAAAUAACCCUCUUUGACCCCAGUGGGUAAUUAACCAUCUUGGACCCCAGUGGGUAAUUAACCAUCUUGGACCUCUCUGUUCUAAUGCUGUGUGUUGUGUUGGUUCCUUCAGGAGUACCUGGACCUGUCUGUUCUAAUGCUGUGUGUUGUGUUACUACAGGAGUAUCUGGACCUGUCUGUUCUAAUGCUGUGUGUUGUGUUACUACAGGAAUACCUGGACCUGUCUGUUCUAAUGCUGUGUGUUGUGUUGGUUCCUUCAGGAGUACCUGGACCUGUCUGUUCUAACACUGUGUGUUGUGUUACUACAGGAGUAUCUGGACCUGUCUGUUCUAAUGCUGUGUGUUGUGUUACUACAGGAAUACCUGGACCUGUCUGUUCUAAUGCUGUGUGUUGUGUUGGUUCCUUCAGGAGUACCUGGACCUGUCUGUUCUAAUGCUGUGUGUUGUGUUACUACAGGAAUACCUGGACCUGUCUGUCCUAAUGCUGUGUGUUGUGUUGGUUCCUUCAGGAGUACCUGGACCUGUCUGUUCUAAUGCUGUGUGUUGUGUUGGUUCCUUCAGGAGUACCUGGACCUGUCUGUUCUAAUGCUGUGUGUUGUGUUGGUUCCUUCAGGAGUACCUGGACCUGUCUGUUCUAAUGCUGUGUGUUGUGUUACUACAGGAGUACCUGGACCUGUCUGUUCUAAUGCUGUGUGUUGUGUUACUACAGGAGUACCUGGACCUGUCUGUUCUAAUGCUGUGUGUUGUGUUGGUUCCUUCAGGAAUACCUGGACCUGUCUGUUCUAAUGCUGUGUGUUGGUUCCUUCAGGAGUACCUGGACCUGUCUGUUCUAAUGCUGUGUGUUGUGUUACUACAGGAGUACCUGGACCUGUCUGUUCUAACACUGUGUGUUGUGUUACUACAGGAGUACCUGGACCUGUCUGUUCUAAUGCUGUGUGUUGUGUUACUACAGGAGUACCUGGACCUGUCUGUUCUAAUGCUGUGUGUUGUGUUACUACAGGAAUACCUGGACCUGUCUGUUCUAAUGCUGUGUGUUGUGUUGGUUCCUUCAGGAGUACCUGGACCUGUCUGUUCUAAUGCUGUGUGUUGUGUUACUACAGGAGUACCUGGACCUGUCUGUUCUAAUGCUGUGUGUUGUGUUACUACAGGAAUACCUGGACCUGUCUGUUCUAACACUGUGUGUUGUGUUACUACAGGAGUACCUGGACCUGUCUGUUCUAAUGCUGUGUGUUGUGUUGGUUCCUUCAGGAGUACCUGGACCUGUCUGUUCUAACACUGUGUGUUGUGUUACUACAGGAAUACCUGGACCUCUCUGUUCUAAUGCUGUGUGUUGUGUUGGUUCCUUCAGGAGUACCUGGACCUGUCUGUUCUAAUGCUGUGUGUUGUGUUGGUUCCUUCAGGAGUACCUGGACCUGUCUGUUCUAAUGCUGUGUGUUGUGUUGGUUCCUUCAGGAAUACCUGGACCUGUCUGUUCUAAUGCUGUGUGUUGUGUUACUACAGGAGUACCUGGACCUGUCUGUUCUAAUGCUGUGUGUUGUGUUACUACAGGAAUACCUGGACCUCUCUGUUCUAAUGCUGUGUGUUGUGUUGGUUCCUUCAGGAAUACCUGGACCUGUCUGUUCUAAUGCUGUGUGUUGUGUUACUACAGGAGUACCUGGACCUGUCUGUUCUAAUGCUGUGUGUUGUGUUACUACAGGAGUACCUGGACCUGUCUGUUCUAAUGCUGUGUGUUGUGUUACUACAGGAGUACCUGGACCUGUCUGUUCUAAUGCUGUGUGUUGUGUUGGUUCCUUCAGGAGUACCUGGACCUGUCUGUUCUAACACUGUGUGUUGUGUUACUUCAGGAAUACCUGGACCUGUCUGUUCUAAUGCUGUGUGUUGGUUCCUUCAGGAAUACCUGGACCUGUCUGUUCUAAUGCUGUGUGUUGUGUUGGUUCCUUCAGGAGUACCUGGACCUGUCUGUUCUAAUGCUGUGUGUUGUGUUACUACAGGAGUACCUGGACCUGUCUGUUCUAAUGCUGUGUGUUGUGUUACUACAGGAGUACCUGGACCUGUCUGUUCUAACACUGUGUGUUGUGUUGGUUCCUUCAGGAAUACCUGGACCUGUCUGUUCUAAUGCUGUGUGUUGUGUUGGUUCCUUCAGGAGUACCUGGACCUGUCUGUUCUAAUGCUGUGUGUUGUGUUGGUUCCUUCAGGAAUACCUGGACCUGUCUGUUCUAAUGCUGUGUGUUGUGUUACUACAGGAGUAUCUGGACCUGUCUGUUCUAACACUGUGUGUUGUGUUACUACAGGAAUACCUGGACCUGUCUGUUCUAAUGCUGUGUGUUGUGUUGGUUCCUUCAGGAGUACCUGGACCUGUCUGUUCUAAUGCUGUGUGUUGUGUUACUACAGGAGUAUCUGGACCUGUCUGUUCUAAUGCUGUGUGUUGUGUUACUACAGGAAUACCUGGACCUGUCUGUUCUAAUGCUGUGUGUUGUGUUACUACAGGAGUACCUGGACCUGUCUGUUCUAAUGCUGUGUGUUGUGUUGGUUCCUUCAGGAGUACCUGGACCUGUCUGUUCUAAUGCUGUGUGUUGUGUUGGUUCCUUCAGGAGUACCUGGACCUGUCUGUUCUAAUGCUGUGUGUUGUGUUGGUUCCUUCAGGAAUACCUGGACCUGUCUGUUCUAACACUGUGUGUUGUGUUGGUUCCUUCAGGAAUACCUGGACCUGUCUGUUCUAAUGCUGUGUGUUGUGUUACUACAGGAGUACCUGGACCUGUCUGUUCUAACACUGUGUGUUGUGUUACUACAGGAGUACCUGGACCUGUCUGUUCUAAUGCUGUGUGUUGUGUUACUACAGGAGUACCUGGACCUGUCUGUUCUAAUGCUGUGUGUUGUGUUACUACAGGAAUACCUGGACCUGUCUGUUCUAAUGCUGUGUGUUGUGUUGGUUCCUUCAGGAGUACCUGGACCUGUCUGUUCUAACACUGUGUGUUGUGUUACUACAGGAGUACCUGGACCUGUCUGUUCUAAUGCUGUGUGUUGUGUUGGUUCCUUCAGGAGUACCUGGACCUGUCUGUUCUAAUGCUGUGUGUUGUGUUACUACAGGAGUACCUGGACCUGUCUGUUCUAACACUGUGUGUUGUGUUACUACAGGAGUACCUGGACCUGUCUGUUCUAAUGCUGUGUGUUGUGUUGGUUCCUUCAGGAGUACCUGGACCUGUCUGUUCUAAUGCUGUGUGUUGUGUUACUACAGGAGUACCUGGACCUGUCUGUUCUAACACUGUGUGUUGUGUUGGUUCCUUCAGGAAUACCUGGACCUGUCUGUUCUAAUGCUGUGUGUUGUGUUGGUUCCUUCAGGAGUACCUGGACCUGUCUGUUCUAAUGCUGUGUGUUGUGUUGGUUCCUUCAGGAGUACCUGGACCUGUCUGUUCUAAUGCUGUGUGUUGUGUUGGUUCCUUUAGGAGUACCUGGACCUGUCUGUCCCGUUUGAGCAGUACUCUCCAACCUGCCAGGACUCCAGCAGCACCUGUUCCUCAGGAGACGACUCAGUGUUCGCCCACGACCCCCUCCCAGACGAACCCUGCUUCCCCAAACUGAUCCAGGGAAACGAACCAUGUCUCCCAAACCCUGUCAAACUGCUGCAGACCAAUGGGGUGAUCAGGACAUAGAUCUUUGAACCUCCACCAGAUAUGGAAACAGAACAGUGCAUGCACUACUGCAGACCAAUGGGGUGAUCAGGACAUAGAUCUUUGAACCUCCACCAGAUAUGGAAACAGAACAGGGCAUGCACUA